UCUGUUGCCAUCGUUAUGGUUUUCGUCGGUUACGCGUUUAUCAGCGAAAAGUUUCAACGUUCCAUGGUAGCUGACAACUGAAAAUGUCUUGCUGCUGUGUCCUGGUUGCAGAACUGUAUAAAAACCAACCAAAAACUAUCGAAUCCAACAAAGCCUAUUUUAGGUUCGUUGACCUAUUAACAAAUCGUGGGACGUCUGGGUGUGGCGCUUUACCGUGUUGUGAUGACAAGUGAAUCGAACGCAAAUAUCUUCUGGAAACCAUGUCGAAUCAGCUCAUUAGUUUGAUCAUGUUAUAUACAAUGCAGUUCUAUUAUUCAACCCAAGCAUUGCAGGGAGAGUAUGUAGGCUGCUACCUAUAUUCAUCAUUAGUGGGUAGCAGUGCAACAGACUCAUCAUUUGUUGUAAAUAACCCAUCAGCAACAGAUUCGUCAAGCAAUUGUUUGGCUCAAUGCAGACUACUGCAGUACAAGUAUUCAGGCAUAAAUGGUGGAAUGCAGUGUGUCUGUGCAAGCUCGCUUGCCACUCAACCUGCCAAUGAGACUUGUUCGUUAAAUUGCGGUUCAGAUAGUUCAAAACCAUGUGAAGGGCCAAACUCUAUGAGUGUGUAUGAAACUGGAUUCAUAGUAUCUGGCCCACCUAGAACACUAUCACAGCAGAGCAAACAGGAAAAUAUGAUGAAAAUUGUUUGGGAGCAUCCAAUAGUUUCCAAUGGUGUCAUUCUGGAGUAUCAUGUUGCCGCUAUUCCAGUGUCAUCCUAUUCAGUUAGCACAGCUGGGGUUCCUAUGGAGUGGGUUUUUUCCAAUGUAACAAAGACAACAGAUUUACUAGGACUUCAGCCUGGUACCCAAUAUAAUGUCAGUGUGAGAGCUAAAACCACAGAUGGCUAUGGUAUAUCAAUAUCAAAUGCUUUCAGUACUGAGAUUGGAGCCCCAGAUAAACCAGAGCACCCUGUAGUGAUGAAAUCUGCCAAUAGUACAGCCACCAUACAGUUGAAACCAAUUCUACCUCACCAUGGACCCAUAACAGCCUACAGAAUUAUAGUUGUAAAUGAAGAUGCAGCUUCCAUAGGAGUACAUGAGGAUAGCCCAUUAAAGAACUGGGCAGAAGCAAAUAAAGAGAAUUUACCAUUUUAUAUAGCAGCCGAAUUGAAGCCUGAGUUCUUCAAACAAGAAUUUGUGGUCGGAAAUGGGGAACACUAUGGGGGAUUCUAUAAUCCACCUUUACCUGACGAUCGAGAAGUACUGUUCAUCUUGGGGGUUGUCUCUACCUACGAAGGAGUAUCUAAAUAUGCCUUCUCAGAACCAAGCAAUCCUAUAGGAGUUGAUCCCCCGGACAUUGGGCCCAAUUCUGUUGAAGGCGUAGCCGAGUCAUUGCCGCCCAGCCAACCAACACCUGUAACAGUUGUGGAAGACGAUCCUAGUACCAGUGGCAGUAGUAUUACCAAGUUACUUGAAGAAACGGAUUUAAUUGAAAAAAUUCCUGCCCGUAAGACUAAACCCAUUACUAGUGGCCGAAGUGUCACUCGACGGCAACGACUGCCGUAUGGAAGAGAUCCACCAGCCCUCGUUGUGGGCUUGUCCGCUGCUAUCGGAGUUCUAGGUUUCUUGCUUCUUAUUUCCAUAGUUGUCUAUUUUUAUCUACGCCACAAAGUUCAUCGCAAUGAUGCAAAUCGUCGUAAUCGAUCUAGAAAACGGUCAGAUAGGCAAAGCCUGACGCGCGGUGGUUCUACGUCCACGAUUGAACUGGACAGUGGCUAUGUGCACUCUUCGUUUGUGGCUGGUACCGAAGAAACUGCUAUUGAUCAUUAUGAUUCAUUAAUGCAGCGUCUGUGGAGCAUUCCGUCCGAAAGUGUUAUAAAAUCCUCAGAUUCGGUUGGAACCGGAAACUUCGGGAAAGUAUUGAAAGGCUCCGUUCAGCGAGGUGAAUCUAAAACUGAAGCAGCGAUACACAUAAUUGAAGACAAAACUUUGGCAAAAGGAGAACGAAAUGCCAUGCUGAAAGAUCUUGGAAUCCUGGCAAAAGUUGGAAAACAUGUUAAUAUAGCUGGAAUUAUAGGAGUAUGCGAAGAACCAGAAACAAUGUUGGUCGCUAUGGAACAUUAUGGAAUGAACCUGAAAGAGUUUUUACUCAACAGUCGCGCGUUGAACAACUAUCCAUCCUAUGCUACAAAGGAGCAGAGAUUUUCAACUUUACAUGAAGCACAAGCAAUAGAUAUAGCUCUUGGCAUUGCAAAAGGGAUGGCUUACCUUCAGUCGUUAUCGGUUCCUCACAAAAGGUUAUCUUCAAGGACAAUCUUCAUAUGUAGCAGUGACGGAACUGUUCCUAAGAUCUCAGGGUUUGGAAUCGAUUACUACCAACCACUUGGACAGACUAUGGAUUUUAAGCGCUGGAUGGCUCCAGAAGCGUUAUUGAGCCCCCAACAUGCACCAAAGUGUGAAAUUUGGUCGUAUGGCAUUGUCCUUUGGGAAAUAGUAACGCUUGGUGCUACUCCUUAUGUCGACAUCCGAGCAAGUAAAGAACUUGUUCAACGUGUACAACGGGGUUUAAGGUUGAAACAACCUGGCAAUAUUGGGCUUGCUCUAUAUCAAAUUAUGGUAAGCUGUUGGCAAAUUGACCUGGACGAACGUCCCGCCUUCCAAGAAUUGGUUGAAGUUCUUCAACAAGCAUUCAAUCAAGCGCUCGAUUAUCUGAGCUUUAAUCUCUUCCCCGAGUUUACCUAUGAAAGGUAUGACCCAACUGUCGAAGUUAGUCGAUAGUUGUUCUGUGCAAUUUGACCAAGUAUGGCACUGAUAGAAUGCGUUUUCUGUGUAAUACCAAAUGAUUUCUUGAUUAUGUACCAUUUUGAAACCGAUCCGUCCAAAAUUAUACCAACGAAUUUCUU